AUGUUCGCAAAACUGAAGUUCAAAAUGUAAAAGGCCGCCGAGCACGUAAUGUUACAACUUAUAAAUGGCAAAAUUUGCAAGAAAUGGACAAAUCUAAAACUAAAAAAAUUAAAAAACAAGCAUCUCAACCAAAUACUGUUGAUGUGAAAAAAACACGUCAUAAGCGUCAAACUACUGAAAAAGAGAAAAAAAUACUUGAGCCUAUUCUUUCUGACAAGGUUUUCCCUAACGAUAAUCUUUCUGAAAUCCUUUCGCAACUUG